UGCGGGCCUCCGAGGCGGCGGCUGGGCCGGAGCGGCGCGGUGGAGGGGACAAGAUCAGGGCAGGAGGGAACCGGCCAGCCGGCAGAGACCCGCAUACCCAGCAAGAUGCUGUCCUGGCGGCUACAGACGGGGUCCGAGAAGGCUGAGCUGCAGGAGCUCAACGCCCGGCUCUACGAAUAUGUGUGCCGGGUGCGGGAAUUGGAGCGCGAAAACCUGCUCCUGGAAAAGGAACUGCGCAACCGGCUUGGACAAGAGGACCUGUGGGCCGAGGGGCAGGCCCGCUUCGCCGAGGAGGCGCGCAGCUUGCGGCAGCAGUUGGACGAGCUGAGUUGGGCUACAGCACUGGCAGAAGGCGAGCGCGACGCUCUGAGACGCGAGUUGCGGGAGCUGCAGCUGCUGGCCACCGAAGCGAACGCCGCCCGCGGCCGCCUGGACGCCGAGCUGGGCGCUCAGCGGCGCGAGCUGCAGGAGGCACUUGGCGCGAGAGCCGCCCUUGAAGCGCUGUUGGGCCGACUUCAGGCUGAGCGCCGCGGCCUCGACGCGGCCCACGAGCGCGAUGUAAGGGAGCUGCGCUCACGCGCCUCCAGCCUGACCAUGCACUACCGAGCCCGCGCCACCGGUCCCGCCGCGCCCCCGCCUCGUCUGCGGGAGGUACACGACAGCUACGCGCUGCUGGUGGCCGAGUCGUGGCGGGAGACAGUGCAGCUGUACGAGGACGAGGUGCGCGAGCUGGAGGAGGCGCUGCGGCGCGGCCAAGAGAGCCGGCGCGAAGCCGAAAAGGAGGCGCAACUGUGCGCUAAGGAGGCGGAGGCGCUGCAGCACGAGGCGCUGGAGCUAGAGCAACUACGCGCGCGACUGGAGGAUGAGCUGCUACGGAUGCGCGAGGAGUACGGGCUGCAAGUCGAGGAGCGUCAGAGGGUGAUCAACUGCCUGGAGGAUGAGAAGGCGGCCCUUACCUUGGCCAUGGCUGAUCGACUGCGGGACUAUCAGGAGCUUUUGCAGGUGAAGACUGGCCUCAGCCUGGAAGUGGCCACCUACCGGGCCUUGUUGGAAGGAGAAAGUAAUCCGGAGAUAACAAUCUGGACGGAGCACACUGAAAAUGUGCCACAAGAAUUCAGAAACGUAUCCUAUCGAUAUACCGACUCAGUAUUACAGAGAAAAAAUGAAAGAAAUCUGUUUCCAAGGCAGAAAGCACCCUUGGCGGGUAUCAACCACAGCUUGGCUCUGCAUUCUUAUGGGUCAGGGCACCUCGGAUCUCAGACCACCAUGUCUCCUGGAAGUGCAGCCAGAAGAGGAUAUUCUUCCUCUGUCACUACCCGGCAAGAAAACUCUUAUGAAAAAAUUGUCAAUGGUCAAACCAAUUUCCAAACUUUCUCUCCAACCCCCAGUCUUAUGAAAACAACCGACACUCAAGUAAAAACAUUCCCUAGUAGACCAAAACCUGAAGGUGUAAGGGAUGCCCCCACUUAUUUAGGCAAAGACUCCACCAUUGUCCGCGAGUCCUAUGGAGCACACUGGGAUAAGGUGGGAGCAGGUGCUCUGGAGAGCACUCAACCCAACGAGAGGACUGUCACUUUGGGAAAGAGAAUAGAAGUGAAAACCACCAGGGAGCAUGAAAGAAAUAGAUCAGGAGCCACCAAAAUGAAGCCAGAAGAGAAAAUGUUUGAUUCUAAAGAAAGAGCUUCAGAGGAAAGAAACUUAAGAUGGGAAGAACUGACAAAGUUGGAUAAAGAAGCCAGAAAGAGAGAAAGCCAGCAAUUGAGGGAAAAGUCCAAAGGGAAGGAAUCACUGCAGGAGAAAAGUGUGAAAGAAAGGGAGAUUCCGAUUAGUCUAGAGGUAUCCCAGGGCCGCAGACCUGAGGUGUCUGUGAAAGACUUACAGAUGCCUGGGAAGAAGGAUGGUGGUGACGGUAAAGGUGGAGAGACAGUGACAAAAGAGACAAGGUUCAGUCUGGGCACCAGUGACCCUGCUAGUUCCCUACAAGGUGAUUCCAUGACAGAAACCAUAGCAGAAAACAUUGUUACCAAUAUCCUGAAGCAGUUUACCCAGUCUCCUGACACGGAAGUGUCUGCUAAUUCUUUCCCAGACACCAAAGUCACUUACGUGGGUAGGAAAGAGCUUCCUGGUGACAGGAAAACAAAGACGGAAAUAGUAGUGGAGUCUAAACUGAUGGAAGAAAUUGAUGUUUCUGAUGAAGCUGCUCUGGACCGCCUUUUAGGCAAGGAUGUCAAGGAAGUGGGGCAAGGGAAAUCAGCAGAGCGGAUGAUAGGAGAUAUAAUCAAUCUUGGUCUGAAGGGAAGGGAGGGAAGAGCAAAGGUCGUCAAUGUGGAGAUCGUGGAAGAGCCGGUGAGCUACGCAGGUGGUGGGGGGGCAGAGGAGUUUUCCACCCCCUUCGAAGUGGAAGAGGUUGAUGAUGUGUCUCCCAGCUCCAAGGGGCUUGUUGAGGAAGACGUAGAUGAUGGAGAAACUGAUGUCACAUUCUCAGUUCAUCAGCAUCAAAGGACCAAGCAGCAGCCCCGGGAGAACAUAACACACGUGGAAGAAGUGAUGGAGGCAGGUGACUCAGAGGACGAGCAGAGUUAUUUUGUGUCGACCCCAGAUGAAUACCCCGGGGGGCAUGAUGGAGAUGAAGGCUCAGUGUAUGGGCAGAUCCACAUUGAAGAAGAAUCCACCAUCAGGUACUCCUGGCAAGAUGAAAUCGUGCAGGGGACUUGGAGAAGGAGAAAGAGGGAUGACGCAGCAGAGAAGGAUGUGGAGACCCUGGAUGUUCCAGCAGCCUCCCUGGGAAGCAGCAUGGGUUCUGCUCACUGGAAGGAAGAAGCUAGUGGUGAAUUGCAUGCUGAACCCACCAUCAUUGAAAAAGAAAUCAAAAUACCACAUGAUUUCCAUACCUCCAUUAAGGGCGGCUUCUCUAAGGAGCCCCGACACCAGCUGGUGGAGGUCAUUGGGCAGCUGGAAGAAACCCUUCCUGAGCUGCCUGAGCGCAUGAAGGAAGAGCUCUCCACCCUGACCAGAGAAGGUCACGGUGAAUCAGGGAGCGUUUUAGUUGAUGUGAAGAAAGUACAGGCCUCUGGUGGCGGGCCUGUGACCUUAGUUGCUGAGGUCAACCUCUCACAAACCGUGGAUGCUGAUCAAUUGGACCUAGAGGAACUGAGUAGAGACGAAGCUGGGGAAAUAGAGAAAGCUGUGGAGUCAGUGGUAAGGGAGAGCUUGACCAAGCGACGUGACCAGUCACCUGGAAGCCCAGACAGGGAAGAUGGAGCUGAAGUGCCAGUUGGUGGCAUUCGCUUCAAGCGCUGGGCCACCAGGGAACUGUACAGCCCAUCUGGUGAGCGGGAUGAUGCCGGCAAGGCCUCUGCCCAAGGCCCAGUGUCAGCCACAGUGGAAGUCAGCAGCCCCAGGGGCUUCGGGCAGUCUCAUGUGCUGGAGAAUGUCAGCCAAUCUCCAAGGCACAUUAAACUAGGCCCCACUGAAAUCUGGAGGACUGAGCAAGUCUCCCACAGAGGACCCAUUGCAGAGGUGGUGGAGGUAAGUAGUGACCUCAGUCAGGCAGGCAGCUCAGCAGGAGCCAGCCGGUCUGAGAGGCACUUCACAGUGGGUCCCCAUCAAAGUCAAGUGUCCACAGAAGUCAUCUUUCAAGGCCCUGUCUCUGCCUGGCAGGAGGCAGGGGGCAAAGAAGAGCCUGACCUGGCAGAGCUGUCCACCACAGAUACUGAAAGAUCAGAGAGACACAGCACAUUUGGCUCCAGGCAGUUUCAUGCUGAAAAGGAAAUUAGUUUUCAGGGUCCCAUUUCUGAGGUAGGGAAGGUUGGUGAGAGUUUUGCAUCCGAAGAGUCAGUGGGUACCCAGACUUCUAUAAAGCAUCUUCGGUUAGGCCCUAAAGAAGGAUUUAGGGAGGAAAUUCAGUUUAUAGCCCCCGUCUCAAACAAAGUGGAGUGGGGUAUCAGAGGGGAGUCUGUAAGCACCCAUGAGUUUCCAGGGAGCAGCACAUCUGUUAGGCACACCGACAUCGGGCCUCAGAGGCGACCAACCACUGAGCUGACCAUUCCACGACCUGUGGAAUUUAGUGACUCAGAAGGCAUCGUCCAAGGAGAGGGCUCACCAGACAUGGCCCAGGACACUCAUAGUUACACCUUGGGUAGAAAAAUCCUCAUGACUGAAAAGAGUACAUUCCAAAGGCUUGUUUCUGAGUCUCCUCAGGAGGGUAGUUCAGGGGACAUGUCAGGGGCAGAAGUGACAUCAGGUAUUAGCAGAUCCUUUAGGCACAUUCAGUUAGGUCCUAUAGAGACCAAAACCUCUGAACACAUUGUCAUCCAAGGACCCAUGGCCAAAACACUUGCGCUUGCUGGUUCAGCAGACUCCCCUGAGCUAGGCAAGUUAACAGACAGCAGCAGAACGCAAAGGCACUUUGCACUGGGGCCCAAAGAAACUUCCUUUACUUUUCAGAUGGACGUGAGUAACACAAAGGCGAUCCCCAGCUGGAAACAAGAGGCAGGGACAGAAGUGGAUGCUCACAGUGUAUCUGACCAUGGUGUCUGGAGAGAUGCUGAUAGUAGGAAUGACCGGGCAGCUGGCGUGAGCUUUCAGGCCUCUGCUGGGGAUGGACAACAGGCCCAUGGAGAGAAGGGCACGGAGCAGGCCGGGUUCGAUAAGACAGUGCAGAUGCAGAGGAUGGUAGACCAAAGGUCGGUGAUUUCAGAUGAAAAGAAAGUUGCCCUCCUCUACCUAGACAAUGAGGAGGAGGAGGAGGAUGGACAUUGGUUUUGAUAAGCAGAAAUGUUUUGUUUUAAAUGGCAUCUUGUUUGGUAAUGUACUACCAUACAAAGGCCUUAUUUUAUGGGGUUGGGGAGGUUCAUUAUCAAAACUGCCCCUAUUUUGCUUUCUUUAGAGAACUCAAGGUGAUGUCAAUUUACUUGAGUUAAUCUGAAUUUCAGAUUAAUUCAUGCCUUUAAAGGCUUUGGAUUUUAGUUUUGAAUUGGGAUUUUUACAAAACACUUUUUAAUCUUUUUAGUCUUAAAAGUUUCCUUUUUCUUAGUUUUUUUUUCCACUUGGGAGAUAGUUUCUACCAGUUUUGCACUUGGUCACAGGCAGAGCUUCCAUCUGUUUGAAACUGUGACUAAUCAUCUAUGAACAAGAUGCCUAAACAUUAACCAGAUUAAAAUAAUAUAUUUAAGAGUAGAUUUUGUUUGCAUGUGCUAACACGAAAUAAUAAACUAACACUGUAAGAGAAAAAUAAGUACAUUUUUCUCUUUUCAAAGUCUUUGAAGUAAGCAAGACUAUAUCUUUAAAAAAAUCAAAAUAAUUUCAUCUUUAGAAAAGUCACUUGUCAGUGACUUAAAUCCAUUUUAAGACUUGAAUGAAUUGCUUUCUAUGUGCAGAACUUUUAAAAAUGUAGUGUUUUAUUUAUGGAGAGGACAGCUGUAGUCUACUGCAUUAUUUCAAAUCAACAUACCUGCUAUGUUUGCACCAGUUCCCCUGCACUGGCUCCAUGAUAGGGAAAAUGAUUAUUGGAAGCUGCUUAUAGUACCAUUUGUUUUUGGCAGUAUAAGCCAUGAGGUAGUGCAUGGCCUGAAUACUCUUUUUUUUUUUUUGUAAUGGCCUAAGUUCUGCAGUAACAGGCUCCUGUCAGAGUCUGCAUUCUUGAGCAUCUCUGUGCCUCAGCCCUUAACCCCACUGUUCUGUUUCACUGGUGAGAGGUAGAACCCUGUACAGAGUGAGGAGGGUGUUGAUGCUCAGACUGCACCUGGACUGGCAAGGUGACUGUGUGCAGGAAAACAGAAGGACAAGGUGAACUGUGCCUCCCAAAGAGGCUGUUCUCAACUGCCCACUUGUGAGUUGGAGCUCUGUCUGAGCUCGAAGAGUGAAGGAUGAAAACGCAGCAACCACAAGCCAACCUCAUGGAAGCUUUUUGCACUUUAAACAGAAAUCCUGACAGUGGAGGUGUUUUGCCCAGUGAAACACAUAACACAUUAGAUCAAACAAGGUGUGUGGGGGGAGAAACUGGGUGGCUCUCCCAGGACAGGCACCCAGUCCAUCAGUGAGGCACCCAGGACAGGCCCUGGAAGUUGGCAAAGGCCCCACUCUCACAGGCCACGUAAUGCGGACCUGCAGAUGUACACCACUGAGUUAAGAGGUUAGGAGGAGUAUGCUCAUUUGGAUUUGUUUUAUUUUGCACAUGUGUCUUGUUUUUAAAGCUCCCAUCUUUAAAAGAUGUAGCAUCACAUAUUAAUAGUGUUUAUAGCAGCACAGAUUUAUUUUAGUCCAGACUAGUUGCUCCCACAUAAUGUGGGCUCAGCUUUGCUUCCUGUAGCAGUGUGAUAGAUCUGACUAGUGAUUUCAGGAAGAAGGAUCCGCAGUAACACCACCUGCAGGUAGGUUGUAAGGAUGGUGGCGAUGACAGGGAGGUUAGGAAAG